UUGUGUUCAAAACUCGCUAGUUUUAUUGCAGUCAAUGCAUUGUUAAAAUGUUACGAAGUAUCUACUUGUUGAUUUUCAUUUUUGUGUCAUGUUAUGGACGAGACAGUUUAUCUUAUAGAUAUAAUAAUAAUACAUACAAAAUAUAUUCACCGCAUUUGAAAUGGCAAACUGCAUUGGAAAAGUGCGCUUCAAAGGAAUGGGAAUUGUUUUAUCCGAAAAAUGAGAAAGAAUUAAUAAUAGCUAAAAAGCUUAUGACCGAGAUGGAAUUAAAACACAUAUUUGUUGGUAUCACUUCCAAAGAAAAAAAUGGUGUAUACACGACAAUUGAUGGAAGAAAUAUGAGCGAAGUUUACGGUAAGUGGGGCGCAGGAGAGCCGAAUAACGCAGGAGGACACGAGGAGUGCGUGGUGCUUAGAGUUGAAGGCACAUACAACGACGACGAUUGUUCACACCAAUUUCCAUAUAUUUGCACAAAACGUCAGCCACGAUUAGAUGUGACUAACAGAGAUAGUAGUGUUCCAGCAGAAAAAUCGAAGGACAAAUUUUUUAGAAAUGAUUACAAAUAUUUGGGACACAAAGAUAGUUUCUAUAAAGCACAUCAAGUACCAAGGCAAUGGGAGAGUGCGAGGCGGAAAUGUAUUAUGGAAGGUGCAUCGCUUUUCUAUCCUGAAGAUGAAGUCGAAGUGCACGAGGUGAUCCACUAUCUGAACCAGACUCAGCCCUGGUUCCAAUACAUGUUUAUUGGUAUUUCUACGCGGCUAGCGAAUGGAGUAUACAUGACAGUUGAUGGAGAAUCUAUCCGUAACGUGUAUAAUGAGUGGUACAGAAAGGUACCGAGUGGUGCCAAUGGCAGACACAGUUGCGUCACAUUAUCGCGGGAAGGUUUUUUGAAUGACAUCAAAUGUUCCGAAGAGCGACCGUUUGUAUGCAAGAAGAAAGCGGCCUCAAUUGAGUGGAACAAAGACUGCAAUGUACCUGACAAAGACUAUAAGUACAACGCUAAUAUGGACAAAUGUUACAAAUUUCAUUUGCAACGAUUGAACUGGAGAGACGCGCUUGGAGCGUGCGACGACGAGCAAGCAAAAUUAGCCAUUAUCAAUACCGUGGAGGAAGCUAAUUAUCUGGUCAACAUAUCUAACAAUACCCCAAAGGAAAUGGUGCGAGGAUGGUACUUGUGCCCUUAUGUACAUUUAGGAUACCAUUAUGAUACUACUGAAAAUGACUGGAGAACGAUUGAAGGGGAAUCUUUGGAGAAAACGGGAUACGCGGUGUGGGAUAACUAUCAGAUUGAUGGUGAAGAUGAGAGAUGUGGUGCCAUGCUUUACAACGGACGUCUGAAUGACGUCAGCUGCGAAAACCUCAAAUGUUUUUUCGUUUGCGAGAAAGAGAUUGGCUACGGAAAUUUUAAUUUGACUUCAGAUAUAAGAUAAUAAGCGACUGAAAUAAAGUCGCACAAAUGAAUCGAUAUUUUUAUGAUUCUUUGUA